CAAAAAGCAUCAUAAAACCCUUGCUUGUUGAUUCCGACCCUUUGUCCAUCCUUGCUCGUCUUCUCCCAUCAUCCUCUUCCUCUCCGAUUGUUGAAUGGCUGAACUGUUGUUUCUUCCAUUCCUGCUCAAGAUGCAGCAGGAGCAGGACUCUUCUCUUGUUCAGAAUCGUUUCAACGACACAUUACGUCAAGCUAUGCGAACAAGAAUUAAUGAUAUCGUACAACGGACGAGACCUACUCCGACGAAUCCUACUAGAAGUAUCCAAAAGUUUCUCUCUGAGUACAUAAACUAUCUAGAGUCUAAGCUGAUGAACUCGGCCAACUCAGAGGAGGAGUACUCGAAUCCACGAGAUCUUGAAGUCCGCAUACAUUAUCUUGACAAGGAAGUUAGAGAAAAAUGGUCUCGUUACCGUGCUAUGAGACUUUCACGUGGACUCAGCGCGCUUCCGGACUCUUUGAUAGCUCAGAUACUCUUAUACCUUCCUACCAAAGACUCUAUCAAGACAAGCUUUCUAUCGAAGAGAUUUAGAGAUCUAUGGCUUCAGGUCCCAGGACUUGAGUUCCACUCCCAUGGACCCCCCGCCCCCACCUUCAAGAACUUCAUCACCAGGUUUCUCAAGAUCAACCGUGACUCGCGUCUGCAGAGGUUCAAGAUAACGUACAACGGGCGCAGCAAUGUUCCUCACCACGUGAUCAGUGUCGUCAUCUCCCGAGUGAUUAACCGUGGACUUCAACAACUAGACGUUGGCUCACUCAAGCGUCCUCUCACCAACGAUCUCUUACCUGUUAACGUUUACAAGAGCAGCACUUUGGUUUCUCUGAAGCUCUCAAACGUAGGAAUGCCGAAUCCUCCUGAGUUUGUUGUUUCUCUGCCUUGUCUCAAGACCAUGCACCUUGAAGACGUUAUCGCCAAGGAUCCUCUGAUCAUAGAGAAGCUCGUCUCUGGCUGUCCUGUCCUCGAAGAUCUGACGGUUUUUAGGGUUUUUGAUGACAAUGUGCCUGUUCUGCGUGUGAGGUCUCAGCGUCUUAAGAGGUUUUGUGUGAAGUUUGACCGCUCCGGGAGAAUUGGUAAAGAGUAUGCUGUUGAGAUUGAUGCUCCGGGUCUCAAGUAUAUGAACUUCAGAGAUGAUCAUUCUGACAUAGUUUUGGCGAAGAAUGUGUGUUCCUUGUUCAAGUUCGACAUUGAUACACAGUUCAGUGUUGUCCUUGGGACUACUAGUACCUUGCAGAUGAAGAAAGCUAUUAUCAGUGAUUUUCUAAAAGGGGUAUCCAGUGUAACACAUAUGAUCAUCUCUCAGCCUACACUCGAGGUCCUUUAUGCUUGCAUGGGAGAUGGACCGUUCACCAAAUUUAGUAACUUAUCUCGUUUAGAGGUUUCGUUCUGCACCGUCUUACUACAAAUGUUGCCAUAUUUUCUUGAAGGUUGCCCGAAGCUGAAACACCUCACGUUGUACUUGCUUUAUUUGAAGGACUUAGAACCAGAGAACCUUGAGCUUACCGUUGUGCCUCAGUGCUUACUAUGUACUCUAGAGUGUGUUGAGAUUAAAGAAGGGGCCACGGUGGAGAAAGCUGGGAAGAAAAGAGCGAGGUACAUCAAGAGAACCAAAGUCUCGAAGCACAAGAAGAAGAUUUGGAUUGAACUAGUGAGGUAUAUUCUUGAGAACUCGCUAGUCCUCAAGAAACUCGUUUUGCGUUUCUCUCCUGUGACCAACAGCGUCUUAGAGAUCUCAGAGGCGCUUCCUACGUUCACAAUACGUUCUCCCGGAUGUCAAAUCUUCAAUCAUCUGACUUCUCUUUGAAGAUCAGUUUAGGAAGGAAUAAUCUCUUUGAACCUUGUGUUUUUUUUUCUCCGGUGUACAAAAAGCUAAGUCAUAGUAUUGCUACACGAGUCACGACCGUAAGUUUUAUAUAAGGUUCCACUUUUUUGAAUGACAGAUCAAAAAACAAGAAUGAAA